UAUUAAUUAGCACCAAUAUUGGAAAUUUGAAUCGCUAUCAUAUUAUACGAGUAAUAAUCUACAAUUGUUCAGCAACAUGGCAGGCAAAGAUGCAAUCGUUUGUAGAUUUAAGAAUCCGCUUAUAGUCAAAAUAGACACCCAUGACAAUCUUAAAUCGGGUUGUUCCGUUAUUGAAGUGAACUUUCCACAUUCAAAACCACUACAGCUAGGGAAAAUUCAGUUUUCCAAUAAUUACUCCGCAUAUUUGACUAUUAAAGCUCAAUUUAAAGAAACAAGCGACGAAUCAGCAGCAAUCAAGAACACAAGAAAAUGGAUCACUUUAAUUAAGAACAAACAACUAAUGCCAAACGUACAUUGCGAUGUAUCCGGACGAGAUCAUUUUACCAUUACGAGAGAAGAGAUGCUAGAAAAACCUGACAACAUCUUGUAUAUGAGACUUAUACUGAGGCAACCGUCACCAAUAUGGUUACAAUUUUCAAUCGAAAAUAUUAAAUUAUCGCCAAAAAACGAUUCGGAAGGUACAAGUAAAGAAGGCAAUCGUGACGUGCACCUACCAAGCAGAAAUACUACAGUAACAAAGAAUGCAUCAUCAUCCGUAUAUCCUGACCCAACAAAAAUUGCUUCAAGUUUGCAAAAUCUAUGGGCUUUAAUGUAUUCUAAGCGAACUGGAGCACCUCCACCCUUUCUAAAAAAAUUGGAGGUCGAUGGAUCGUAUGAAGUUAGCACGCUAUCUUAUACGUGA